AUGGAUGAGGAUCUCCAAGAGAUUUCUCUUUUCAGCUGGGGUGCCGACCAGACAUACACCCAGCCUACUGAGGCUCGAAGUGCUCCGGCAUAUUUGAUGGCAGAUCUACGAUCCCCUCCACAUUCCCAUCCCCUCCUUCACUCUUCUGUGCCUGAGCGUCUAUCUAAAAGCCUGAGACGUCAGAAAGAACCCGCAUCAUCAUCUGUGAGCUACGAAUCAGUAUCUGCAGCAAGCUCCAACUCACUCCAAAAUUCCAAGCCCGACCGCUCUGGGCCCUGCGAGCCCGCCGUCGAGCGACCAGUACCGAACGAGCCUCAAGAAUCUCCUGCGCGAGCCCAACCGAUCCCAAUCACAAAACAGGACUCCCUUGGUAGAGCCAGUUCUGAGUCCUUUGUGGUUCCUAUCUUCACUCGCCCUCGAGAUGAAGAUUUUCGAGAUGAAGAUUUUACACCACAGACUGAUGAUGCCGCUUCUUGUUGUGACCACAUCUCACCAACACAACGACAUGUCAACCAGUUCUCUUUUCCACCACCAGACGGAGACCCGUCAACGAGGAAACAAUCUGCAGAGCUUGCCCUCAGGACCAGAUAUCCACCAAGGGUGGUUGACCCAGCCACUCGCGCAUCAGAAGUCGAGUUUGUUCCGAAAACUAUGAACAGCAAGGGGCUGAAUGUCGACCUUCUAUUGAAGCAAAACGAGAAUAGAGUGAAGGCUCUCCAAGAGUAUGCAGAAAAGGAAAACGCUGCCAGGAUGAGCAUCUAUGGUCCAGUCCACGUACGAAGCGCUCAAUAUGAGCACAUUCGAGAGCGGAUGAUCGACCUGAACAGGGAGAGAGGCCGUUGCCAGCCCCGAAUUUCAGAGCAAAGAUACAAUGAGAUCACAGCAAAGUACAACAGACGGCUCAAGCCUGUGAUCGACGACAUGAAAGAUCUGGCCAAUGACCUCUGGUUCAGGAAGCUUGAGAGAGACACGCUCUUGGCUGAGGUUUUCGACUGGAAACCAUUUGAUGAGUCCAUCACCAUCCAUAAGCCCGACCUUCCAUACGAACCCCCAGAGAAACCAAAACCGUUACCGCGCGAUCCAUUUGACGAGUCUAUCCCUGACCCAGAACCGCCGCCUCCAGUCAAGCGUCCAGAGAAGUCACCAAACAACCCGGUCGGUCUCACUUUCAACGAUACACCAUUCGCAUACCUGACAAAGCGUGAAAAACCCCGGGAGAAAUUCGUCCUGUUUCCACCCUAUUGUGAGGGGUCAACAAUACCGGAGUGGUUCAAGAUCUUGGAAGAGCGACAGUGUGUGCAUCUCCGCUCACAGGAGCCCGGCCACCGAUAUAAUGAACUUCUCACUCAGGUCGCACAGCUGGAAGAAAACCUCGAGGCUGAGAGACACUAUGGAGGCCCCCAAAAGGCCAAAGACUGGGACAAAUACUACCACCCUGCUAGUCAGCACUGGGAAAAGCCGUGGCAACAGAAACGGGGUGGUUGGUGGAAAUGUCGUUCUGGCCCCGGAGCCCCCAAGGCUGAGAGGUACUGCAGAGAGUGCCACGACCCCGAGAAGGUUUCAGAGACCGAGAAUAAUCAUCAAAUUCCCAAGGGUGCUGUCAUUGUGACCAUUGGGCAGCAUGAGCAUCUACAUCAGGGCUCAGACUGGUCGAACCAGGCGCAGUACGACUGGAUCAUGGAUCAGAUUCGUCAAUGUCAACAUGCCAUUGGCUGUCGGGACAAGGAGCUAGCUCUUCAACAGUUGCAAGCCGAGCGACAGGAGGCUGAGAUUGCGAUGCAACACCCAAAUUGGAAGUUUUGGGGUGGAUUUCUGGCGCCUCGACGAAUGGGAAAGAAACAUCCAGGAGGGGGAAAGUUGCGAACAGGACUGGUAGAGUUGGAGAUCAAGCCCAACCACAAACCACAGGAUGGAAAAUGA